AUGCACCUCCCGCGUCGGCAGCUAGCAAGAGUGACCAAGCUCACCAAGUGGAUUCUCGCAACCGCCGGGGUUCUCCGGCCAGACAGCGAAGUCACGUUGAUACCCAUGGGCGACGCAAUGUUUUCCGAGGUGCUUCGCACCCGGCAGCGCUACAUUGAGGGGAAGGAUGCGCGGCUGCAAAAAGCACAUGGCGAGGUUGAGGUGACUGGAUUUCCUGGCUCGCUGUCCGUCUUGAACGGCAAGCUCACCCUUCGGUCGGAAACUUGGAAUUACCAGCCCGCGUGGCAAAGGCAGAGCGGAGGCAAAGAAGAGGUGUUCCUGUACCGAGAUUCAGCAGAUUCCAAAUGGGUUCUUGGCCUCGAGCUGGGCGAUGGCCAUUCUCGCAUGGCGCAUGUGUACACUUCUUUGGAGUCGCCUGCCGAGGGUCUAGUUUGGGAAGUUGAUUGUGGCGAUCGUUGGCUGCCAUUUUUGCCUGCGACCGUGCGGACUGCAAUGCCCUCCAAAGGUGACGGCGCACGGGCUCACACUGCGCCCAAGUCAAAGCGCUCCCGUGCAAAGAGCGAUGAGAAGGGAAAGCGCUCUCCAAAAGAUCCGGACAGGGGAAGUGUGUUACGAACAUAG